AUGGUUGGGCCAAAAGGAAAAGUCUCCUACUCAAACCCCUUAGGGCGUUUUAGUUUAUGCGUUGCUGCACAGUGGGAGCGUGAAGAGCUGGAGCUUGCCUGCACUCCCACAACGAUUUUCUUCAUCCAAGUAUUCAGUCUAUUAGAAAAAGCUUGGUCUGGUUCCCCUGUGCAGUUUGCUUGGCAGAAAACUUUGGGAAAUUUCCUUGCUGUAACAGGAGGUGAUCGUGCUGUGAAAAUUUUUGAUCGUCAUGGUCAGAAGAGAAAUGAAAUCGGCUUACCAGGUAACUGCGUUGCCAUGGACUGGGAUAAGGAUGGAGAUACUUUAGCAAUAAUCACAGACAAAUCUAGUGCCAUAUUUCUGUGGGAUGCGAACACAAACAGAACAAGCCAAGUAGACAGUGGCAUGAGGGAUGCAAUGUCUUUCUUAUUAUGGUCUCGAGUUGGAACUUUACUUGCUGUUGGAACAACGAAGGGAAACUUACUUAUAUAUAACCGUCAGACUUCUCGCAAAAUUCCUGUUCUUGGUAAGCACACUAAGCGGAUUACUUGUGGUUGUUGGAGUACUGAAAACCUUCUGGCUCUAGGUGGUGAAGACAAAAUGAUUACUAUAAGCAAUCAGGAAGGGGAUACUAUAAGACAGACCUCAGUGAGCUCAGAUCCCAGUGAUAUGCAGUUCUCAGUUAUGAAGACUGAUGAAAGAAUAUCAACCAGGGAAAGCACAGUAAGUGUAGUGGUCGGCAAGAAGACUCUCUUUCUUUUUAAUUUGAAUGAUCCUGAUAACCCGAUUGAUCUGAAAUUUCAGCAGCCUUAUGGCAGUAUUGUAACCUACAGAUGGUAUGGUGACGGCUACAUUAUGAUUGGUUUCUCACGAGGGUGUUUUGUAGUCAUUUCUACACACAUUCGUGAGAUAGGUCAAGAAAUCUUUCAAGCUCAUAAUCAUAAGGAUAAUCUAAGCAGCAUUGCUAUAUCACAGUCAUUAAACAAAGCUGCAUCAUGUGGAGACAAUUGCAUUAAAAUCCAUGAUCUGUCAGACCUGAGAGAAAUGUAUGCCAUAAUAAACUUGGAUGAUGAAAACAAAGGUAUGUUAACACUGGCUUGGACAGAUGAUGGACAGUUGUUGGCAGUAUCUACACGAAGAGGAUCCCUCCAUGUUUUCUUGACAAAGCUUCCAAUCCUUGGAGAUGCUUGUAGUACACGGAUUGCAUACCUCACUUCUCUUCUUGAAGUUACUAUAGCCAAUCAUGUGGAGAGAGAGCUACCGGUCACGGUCUCUGUUGAAGUAGAGCCCAGUUUUGUUGCUAUUGGUGUUUAUCAUUUGGCUGUAGGAAUGAACAAUCGGGCUUGGUUUUAUGCACUUGGAGAGAAUAAUGUAAAAAAGCUUAAAGAUGUGGAGUACCUGGGGACAGUAGCAAGUAUGCACCUUAAUUCCGAUUAUGCUGCUGCUCUCUUUGAGGGUAAAGUCCAGUUGCAUAUGAUAGAAAGUGAAGGAUUGGAUGCUCAGGAAGAACGAGAAACUCGACUCUUCCCAGCAGAUGAUGAUAAAUACCGAAUUUUGUGCCAUGCUUUAACUAGUGACUUCCUCAUAUAUGGUACAGAUACUGGAGUUCUUCAUUAUUUCUACAUUGAAGACUGGCAAUAUGUGAAUGAAUAUCGGCAUCCUGUCAGUGUGAGAAAAAUUUUUCCAGAUCCCAAUGGAACCAGAUUGGCUUUCAUAGAUGACAAAAGUGAUGGCUUUGUCUAUUGUCCAGUAAAUGAUAGAUUAUAUGAGAUUCCAAACUUCUCACCAACUAUUAAAGGAAUCCUGUGGGAAAACUGGCCAAUGGAUAAAGGUGUUUUUGUUGCUUUUGAUGAUGAUAAAGUGUACACUUAUGUUUUUCAUAAGGAUGCCAUUCAAGGAUCAAAGAUUAUUUUGGCAGGUGGCACGGAAGUCCCCUUUUCCCAUAAACCUUUGUUGUUGUAUAAUGGAGAAUUAACUUGUCAGACUCAGAGUGGGAAAACAAACAAUAUCUAUCUAAGCACUCACAGUUUCCUUCGCAAUUUGAAAGACUUUGGACCUAAUGAGCUGACACAAAUGCUUACUCAGACUUUAAUGUUGAAAAGGUUUUCUGAAGCAUGGGAGGUGUGCAGACUUCUGAAUGACCAGUCUGGUUGGAAUGAGCUGGCCAAAGCUUGCUUACAUCAUAUGGAGGUGGAUUUUGCAAUACGUGUUUAUCGGACAUUUGGUAAUGCUGGGAUGGUGAUGUCACUAGAGCAAAUAAAGGGAAUAGAAGACCACAACCUUUUAGCAGGACAUCUUGCCAUGUUUACUAGUGAUUUUAAUCUGGCUCAAGAUUUAUAUCUGGCAUCCUCCUGUCCUAUUGCUGCACUUGAGAUGCGAAAAGACUUGCAACACUGGGACAGUGCACUUCAGCUGGCUAAGCGUUUGGCCCCAGACCAAAUCCCUUUCAUAUCAAAGGAAUAUGCAAUGCAGCUUGAAUUCACGGGUGAUUAUGUUAACGCUCUGGCACAUUAUGAGAAGGGAAUCACUGGAAACAGUAAGGAACAUGAUGAAGCUUGCCUUGCUGGAGUGGCUCAAAUGUCCAUUCGAAUGGGAGAUAUCCGUCGAGGGGUAAAUCAGGCCAUUAAACAUCCCAGUAGGUUACUAAAAAGAGACUGUGGAGCUAUUCUGGAGAGUAUGAAGCAAUUUUCAGAAGCUGCUCAGCUGUAUGAAAAGGGACAAUAUUAUGACAAGGCAGCAUCAGUGUACAUCCGGUGUAAAAACUGGGCAAAGGUUGGUGAACUUCUUUCUCAUGUUUCAUCUCCAAAGAUUCACCUACAAUAUGCAAAGGCCAAAGAAGCAGAUGGCAGGUACAAGGAAGCUGUGAUAGCUUAUGAGCAAGCAAAGCAAUGGGACAGUGUAAUUCGACUGUAUUUGGAUCACCUUAAUAAUCCUGAAAAGGCUGUUAAUAUUGUGAGAGAAACACAGUCUCUUGAUGGAGCAAAGAUGGUGGCCAGAUUCUUUCUGCAGCUUGGUGACUAUGGUUCUGCCAUCCAGUUCCUGGUCAUGUCCAAGUGCAAUAAUGAAGCUUUCACAUUAGCUCAACAACACAACAAGAUGGAGAUUUAUGCUGAUAUCAUCAGUUCUGAAAGUACUACCAAUGAAGAUUAUCAGAGCAUCGCACUCUAUUUUGAAGGAGAAAAGAAACAUUUUCAGGCGGGAAAAUUUUUCUUGCUGUGUGGUCAAUAUGGACGGGCAUUAAAGCACUUUAUGAAAAGUCCAAGCACAGAAGAUAACUUGGCUAUAGAAAUGGCAAUCGAAACAGUGGGACGGGCAAAAGAUGAAGCCCUAACAAAUCAGCUGAUAGACUAUCUUAUGGGAGAGAGUGAUGGCAUGCCCAAGGAUGCCAAGUACCUAUUCCGCUUAUACAUGGCACUAAAGCAAUACAGAGAAGCUGCCCGAACUGCUAUAAUAAUUGCCAGGGAGGAGCAGUGCUCAGGAAACUACCGAAAUGCACAUGAUGUUCUUUUCAGUAUGUAUUCAGAGUUAAAGACCCAGAAGAUUAAAAUUCCUUCUGAGAUGGCUACAAACCUUAUGAUUCUACACAGCUAUAUUUUAGUGAAGACUCACGUGAAACGUGGUGAUCACAUGAAGGGAGCACGCAUGCUUAUACGUGUAGCCAACAACAUCAGCAAGUUCCCAUCACACAUUGUGCCAAUUUUGACUUCAGCUGUAAUCGAGUGUCAUAGAGCAGGAUUGAAGAAUUCGGCCUUCAGUUUUGCUGCUAUGUUGAUGAGACCUGAGUAUCGUAAUAAAAUAGAUCUUAAAUACAAAAAGAAAAUUGAAGCAAUGGUCAGACGUCCAGACACAACAGAGGCAGAGGAGCCAACAACAGCCUGUCCCUAUUGUGCGUUCCAGCUCCCAGAGUGCGAACUCUUGUGUCCUGGCUGCAAGAACAAUCUCCCGUACUGUAUUGCCACUGGUCGGCACAUGGUACGAGAUGACUGGACAGUCUGCCCACACUGUGACUUUCCCGCCCUCUAUUCAGAAUUCAAGAACAUGUUACAGACUGAAAACACAUGUCCAAUGUGUUCUGAAAGGAUUAACAUUGUUCAUCUUAAGAAAAUAAACGAUUGCACACAGUACCUCAAACCAGAAGAUGAGGACCAAUAAAUUCAGGUAUGUGCUAGAGCCUGGGUUUUUGGGUUUUUUUUUUUUUUUUUUACUUAACAGGGCUCAUUCUCGAGGACAUGGGGAGUUUUUCCCAGCAAGGGAAAUAGUGUUCAAGAAUCUAACUUACAGGCUGGGUGUAUGCCUCAGAUAACUGAGGCUCAGCUGUGUCACCCAUCUGCCCUCAGGCAUGCAAACACCAGUAGGUUUUGCUACUGCAAGUAACAUGGUGGUUAAAUCAUUCCAGUUGUGAGGCUUUAAACCAGUUUUUCCUCUAUGAUCACAUUAUCCUCUGCAACGUGUUCUGGUUUGGAAUAUGUUCCUGAACACCAGUUAUGCUUUAGUAGCACAGAGAACAGCUUGAAGAUCUUGGCAUCAUCAAAUCCUCCUACAGAUCUACCAACAGCUAUUUAAGUGUAGGAAGAGAGAGAGAUGCUGACUGGAAAGAGCAGAUCUAAAAUGCAGGUUACGUGAUCUUAGCUUCUGUGUUUAACAGAAUAUAUCACAGGAUAACAGCAACAUAGCAUUGGCUCGAAAUACUCAUAUUUCAAAGAGCGAGACCGCUGCUCUGUCUAUACCACCCACUUAGAUCAAGAUUUCGGUUUUGUUAAAGGAAUGGUAACUGAAAACGAGUUAACAAAGUUCCUCAGUAAUUUUGACAUUUGAAGGCAGAUUUACUAGUGCAGAUAAGUUAUGUGAAAACUUUGACCUAUAGGUCAAAGUAAUGUACAAGUGAUAUUAUAAAAUUAUAUAUACCACAAUAACCUU